CCCUCCGCUAGCCACGAAGCCCUCGGAACCCCGCGGGUGCCUUACCCGGAUCGGAGGGCCGAGCUCCCUCCUCCGGGUGGGCCCUCCGCCCUCGCAACCUCGUCCGGCUCUCCUCGGACUCCCCCUUCGCCCAGGCCCCGCCCCCCGCCGCCACUCUAGCCUCCGCUCCUCUCGUUGGUUCGCGCCCGGCCCGCGCUGGGCUGGAGCCGGGGCCCCGGCGGACGGUGGGGCGGCCGACUCCGGCCUACUGUUCGCCGCCGCGUCGGGGCGCUCAGCUAAGCCGCCGUUGAGGGCCUGCACCGUAGCUGCUCCCAGGCCCGGUUCCGAAGACGGCGCCUCCCCGAGCGCAGGAACCAGGCCGAGUGGGCCUGCGCAUGACUCUCCCCGAGGCCCGGAACCCCCACUUGGACUCCAGGGCUCCAGAACUCACGGCCUCCCAGGUCUGACUCUCUUUCCCCCUUCUUUUCUCAGCCUAACUAGGUUCUUCUUCCCCACAGUUGUGUCCGGUGCCUCAGGGCCCCAGAAAGUUUCGGAUGAGCCUAUCCCAACACUUAGAGAUGGGGCUCUGGAACCUGGGAGUCCUGGAGAAUCGCCCUUAGGGCUCCUGGUCGAGGGCUCCUUCCUUAAGUUCUGAGUCCCCUUCCUGUUUCACAUUCACUACCCCCGAGGUACCAUGGCCUCCAAGCCUUGGAAUGAGUGGAGUACCACCCUGUCCCACCUGACACUGGGAGUGGUGUCUCUGCAUGCAGCCGUGAGCACUGCCCAGGCAAGUCGAGGGGCGGCUGCUGGCUUCCUGCUCCAGGCCUUGGCCUCUGCCACCUUGCUGGCCCCAGGGCUGGGCACAGAUGAAGACUCUCUUGCUGGAGCCUGGGUGGCCACUGUCAUCGGCCUGCCCCUUCUGGCCUUUGAUUUCCAUUGGGUGAAUGGGGACCGCUCCUCUGCCAACCUGCUCCUGGGAGGAGGGAUGGUGCUGGCUGUGGCCGGUGACCACCUUGGUGCUGAGGGUCGCUCUGUGGCUGGCCAGGCAGUGGUGCUGGUGGUUGCAGUGACUAUCCUCAUCGUGGCUGUUUUCACAACCAACACUUAUGGAAUGUGGGGGGGUGCGAUGUUGGGUGCUGCAGGCCUCCUGAGCCGGCUGGAGGAAGACAGACUGCUGCUGCUGCCAAAAGAGGACAUCUGUCGCUGGGCCCUUGCUGCAGGCAGUUGGGCCUACCACCGAGCCCUGCACACACAGCGCCUGCAGUGGGAGUGAUGCUUAGAGACAGCAUGGUGGGGCUUCCGUCCUGGCUACCGCUUCCCUCUCCCACAGGCCUGCUCCCUUAAGGAUGGACUCUCGGGUCUCCCAAAAAGAGCUUGCUGCAGGGUGAUGGAUGCCUUGGUUAGGAGGCUGAGUCCAGGCACCACCGUCCCUCCUCUGCCUGAGUGUGGGAACUCGCCUAGACCAGAAUGAAGGGGAUGGGGCCCCAGGCACAUUUUGGGGCCUGCUGCUGGGCAGGCCAUGGUUGUGGAUCCAGAGAGAGGCUUGGUCUCCAAUAAACCUUAGGGAAACAGCAGGAA